UUGUAAAAUUCAUUUACAUUUUUAAUUUUCUCUUUCCAACUAUAGUGUUACAAAAUUCUCUUUUUUUCCAUGGAUAGCACACUUCAUGUUGCUAUAGUGUCAAGCCCUGGCAUGGGACAUUUAAUCCCAGUCCUAGUUUUAGGCAAUCGAUUAGCUACUCAUCAUAAUAUCAAAAUUACAAUUUUUACUAUCACAACCAACUCUUCAUCGCCAGAAAUCGAAUUCCUCAAGAAAUUCAACGAGAAAAUAACUGUCGAAAUUAUUCAUGUUCCAUCAGUCGAUAUUUCCCACCUAAUAGACUCCCAUACUAAACUUUUCACUCAAUUACGUAUAUUAGUUCGCGAAGCUUUGCCUGAAAUUCGUUCAGGCAUAGCUUCGAUGAACCAUCGUUUAGAUGCUCUCAUUGUUGACAUUUUUGGCACACAAAUAUUACCUAUAGCCGAAGAAUUUAACAUUCCUAAAUACGUAUUCCAUCCUACUAAUGCAUGGUCACUAGCGUUAUUUAUGUACCAACAAGUUCUUGACCAAGAAAUUGAGGGUGAAUCCGAUGAUGUGAUGGAUCCUAUGAUGGAUCGGAGCGAUCAACAAUAUCAUGAGUAUCUUAAGCUAACAAUGGAAUAUACGUGUUUUGAUGGAAUCUUGACUAAUACUUGGGAAGAUUUAGAGAGUGAGACUACUAAAGCGCUUCGAAGUAAUGAAAAAUUGCAAUCAGUUUCAUAUUGUCCAAUUUACCCGAUUGGUCCCUUGAGGAGAACAGUUGACAUAAAUGAACAUGAUGAGGUGAUUCAAUGGUUAAACAAACAAAAUCAAAAAUCAGUUUUAUAUGUAUCAUUUGGAAGUGGUGGAACCCUUUCAUCUGAACAAAUAAUUGAACUUGCAUGGGGUUUGGAGUUAAGUCAACAAAAAUUUAUUUGGGUAGUACGUCCACCAUCCCACGGUGGUACAGAUAGUGCAUAUUUAAACUCCAAUGGAAAUGAUACACGUGGCACGUUCGAUUACUUACCGGAGGGCUUUUUAACUAGGACUAAAGAUAUGGGCCUAGUAGUUCCUAUGUGGGCUCAACAAGUUGAAAUUUUGAGUCAUUUAUCCGUUGGUAGAUUUAUUUCACAUUGCGGAUGGAAUUCGACAAUUGAAAGCAUUACGAGUGGGAUUCCUAUGAUUGCGUGGCCAUUGCAUGCCGAACAAAAAAUGAACUCAACCAUGCUCACGGAGGAGCUAGGGGUGGCGAUUCGACCGAGGGUUUUGCCGACAAAGAAAUUGGUGAAGAGAGAGGAGAUUCAAGAAAUGGUAAGGAUUUUAAUGGAUACAAAAGAAGCGAAGAGUAUAAGGGAAAAUGUUAAGAAAUUAAAGAUAAGUGCGGAAAAUGCACUUACUAAAGGAGGGUCAUCUUACAAUACAUUGUGUGAAUUUGUGAAGAAUAUUCGUACAAGUUAAUUGUGGGUUUAUUUUAUUUUAUAUUUAAUUAAGAGUAAAUUGCUUGUUGCCUUUUUCAUGCGUGUAGCUUACAAUGUAAUGUGUGAGUUCGUAAACGAUAAAAUUGUUGUCAAUGCA